AUGGUCGCUGAUAUCAUUCCUGCGGAUGCUCGUCUUCUUGAGGGUGAUGCUUUGAGUGUUGAUCAGUCUGCUUUAACUGGAGAAUCUCUUCCGGCAACAAAGAAUCCCUCAGAUGAAGUCUUUUCUGGAUCAACUGUUAAGAAAGGUGAGAUUGAAGCAUUUGUUAUUGCUAUCGGAGUGCACACAUUUUUCGGUAAAGCUGCUCACCUUGUUGACAACACCAAUCAAGUUGGUCACUUUCAGAAAGUCCUCACAGCAAUUGGUAAUUUCUGCAUUUGCUCAAUUGCUGUUGGAAUACUGAUUGAGCUCAUUGUCAUGUAUCCGAUUCAACACCGCAAGUAUAGAGAUGGAAUUGACAAUCUUUUGGUUCUUUUGAUCGGUGGAAUUCCAAUUGCUAUGCCAACUGUUUUGUCUGUUACUAUGGCUAUUGGUUCUCACAGGCUUUCUCAGCAAGGUGCAAUUACAAAGAGAAUGACAGCUAUUGAGGAAAUGGCAGGAAUGGAUGUUCUCUGCAGUGACAAAACCGGGACUCUGACCUUAAAUAAGUUGUCUGUUGAUAAAAAUUUGAUUGAGGUUUUUGCUAAGAAUGUAGAGAAGGAUUAUGUUAUCCUUCUUGCAGCAAGGGCUUCUAGGACUGAGAAUAAGGAUGCAAUAGAUGCUGCAAUUGUUGGUAUGCUUGCUGAUCCAAAGGAGGCACGAGCUGGUGUUAGGGAGAUUCAUUUUUUCCCAUUCAACCCUGUAGACAAGAGAACUGCUUUAACCUACAUUGACUCUGAUGGAAAUUGGCAUCGAUCAAGCAAAGGUGCUCCUGAGCAGAUAUUGAACCUCUGCAACUGCAAAGAGGAUGUCAGGAAGAAAGCUCAUUCCGUAAUUGACAAGUUCGCCGAGCGUGGACUCCGUUCUUUGGGUGUUGCUAGACAGGAAGUACCUGAGAAAAAUAAAGAUAGCCCUGGUGCACCAUGGCAAUUUGUUGGUCUGUUACCACUAUUUGAUCCUCCUAGGCAUGAUAGUGCUGAAACCAUCACAAGAGCUCUGAACCUUGGUGUGAAUGUUAAGAUGAUUACCGGUGAUCAGCUUGCCAUUGCCAAGGAAACUGGCCGAAGGCUUGGGAUGGGAACAAACAUGUAUCCAUCUUCGUCAUUACUCGGUCAAAGCAAGGAUGCUGCUGUUGCAGCUCUUCCAGUUGACGAGUUGAUUGAGAAGGCUGAUGGAUUUGCUGGAGUAUUUCCUGAACACAAAUAUGAAAUCGUAAAGAGGCUGCAAGAGAGGAAACAUAUAUGUGGAAUGACAGGUGAUGGUGUCAACGAUGCUCCUGCGCUAAAGAGAGCAGAUAUUGGAAUUGCUGUUGCUGACGCUACAGAUGCUGCUAGAGGUGCUUCUGAUAUUGUCCUUACUGAACCUGGUCUAAGUGUUAUUAUUAGUGCAGUGCUCACCAGCAGGGCAAUUUUCCAAAGGAUGAAGAAUUAUACUAUCUAUGCUGUGUCAAUCACCAUUCGUAUUGUGUUUGGUUUCAUGUUCAUUGCGUUGAUCUGGAAGUUUGAUUUUGCACCCUUCAUGGUGUUGAUUAUCGCCAUACUGAAUGAUGGUACCAUUAUGACAAUAUCCAAGGAUAGAGUGAAACCAUCUCCACUACCAGACAGUUGGAAACUGAAAGAGAUAUUUGCUACCGGUGUUGUGCUAGGUAGCUACAUGGCAUUAAUGACAGUAGUAUUUUUCUGGCUCAUGAAGGAUACCGACUUCUUCUCGGACAAGUUUGGUGUGAGGUCUCUCAGAAAAAGCCCUGAUGAAAUGAUGGCAGCCCUCUACCUACAAGUCAGUAUUAUAAGCCAGGCCCUAAUUUUUGUCACCAGGUCCCGUAGCUGAUCCUUUUUGGAAAGACCUGGUCUUCUCCUAUUGGGUGCUUUUAUGAUUGCUCAGCUGGUGGCAACUUUUAUAGCAGUAUAUGCUAAUUGGGGCUUUGCAAGAAUUAAGGGAAUGGGAUGGGGUUGGGCUGGUGUAAUCUGGGUGUACAGUCUAGUGACAUAUUUCCCUCUUGAUAUACUCAAAUUCGUAACCCGCUAUGUUCUAAGUGGCAAAG